AUGUCUUCGCCGCCCUCCGCCGGCUCCCGCCCGAGCGCGCCGCCGACGCCGGUGCAGAUCCGCGAGGCCAACGCCCACCUGGCGGCGCUGCACGGGCGCGUGGCCGAGCUGGAGCGGCGCCUGGCGGCGGCGGAGGAGACGGUGCGCGGCCAGGCCCACAGCCUCAUCCGCAAGGACCAGGAGCUGCGCGGAGCUCUCGGCAGCCUCCGGCAGGCCAAGGACAGGGAGAUCGCCAUGCUGGAAGAGAAGCUGCUCUCCUCUGAGGAGAAAGCGCAGAAACUGCUGGGGCUGCUUCAAGACAAAGACGCCGUGAUCCUGCAGCUGAAGCACAGGAGCCACCUGCUGACCAAAAUCUGCCGCAGCCGGCCCGUCCUGGACAACCUUUUGGCGUACAUGGCCGAAGGGGAGCAGCUGAGCCCUGUCCCCGGGACCCAGAGCGAGGGCAGCUCCCCGGAUCGUGGCCUCUUCCUGGAGACAAACUGUACCCUCGGUUUGGACUCUCAAGACUUUUCGCUGUGCGACGAGGAUCAGGAGUCAGGCAAGAGUUUGUUUGGGACGACUGUGUGA